AUGCAAGGGUCUGCCGGCGCUGACGCCUGGCCCACCGACAAUGACGGGCACUUGCUAUUAUACACAAUAUUACAGCGUCCCGCAGGGUUUGCUCGCAGCUUCCACAGAGACAGGGGCACAUGUGCGCAAGGCACCUCAUAUGCAGGAGAUAUCUGCCAUGGCCAGCUGAGCCUGAUGCCCAAAGUCUCGACGAGAAGCCAUGCGAAGAUGAACCCCCAAGACGCAGGCACUCCUUCUAAGCUCUGGCUGCCGGGCAGGCUCUCGUCCGUCUUUGUUCGCGGUGGUGCCUGA